AUGUCAGGUCCAAAUAAAUCAUCUUCGACAAACAUGGCCCGUCCGUUGCUUUAUCCAACAUCGGCAGAGAUUUAUGCUCAGCAAUACACUUCGCAGCUGUCCUCGACAUUUGAGCGCCAAAUCAAUUUGACAGGGAAUUAUUUUCCUUUUCUAGAAGUUUCAACCCGGAGAACUUCAAGCCAAAAUUACAAUACCCCGCCAUCACGACAAAGCUUUCACGGUGAAGACACAAGAACGACCUUGUCUCAUCAAACAACACCGAUACCAGACUAUCUCCUUCAGCCAAUUUAUCCGUGGAUGAAGUCAAAGAAAGGCGGUAAAUCGGACUUUGGAUUUGGUAGGUCAUCUUUUUGGCAACUGCUGAUAACCUUAUUUUUCUUUUGGAUAACUUGUCCGUAGCUUUUUAGCGUGAGAUGGAAUCUGGAGGUUUUUUUUUUUUUUCCUGCGGCUUAGAAGAAAGCGGAACAAAGCUAAUCCGGUUUUCCUUCAUUCACUUGGCGCACGACGACUCAGUAGUUGACUUACAAACAUUGAAUGACCUUUUCGAGAUUUUAGAAUGGUUCGUUUGUCCUCUAUUAUAUAAUAUUGAGUAUCUCUUCUGUCAAAAGGGCGGAGGUUUGAAGAGUAAGAUGUCUCUUCUUGUGAUUAAUGAAGUCCGCAUUGAGCUAAUUUUGUUGCUCGGUGAGCUGAUAGAUGCCAACGAAAGAUCGCAUGUUGACAUUCAUUUGUAACAGGCAGUACACGGGGAUGUUUGCAAACAUCUACCUGACAUUGUUAGCAUGUUGAGACGUUCUCAUUGGUGAGAGAGUUUGUUUGAUUAUGGGACCAUGUGCCUAUUGAAUAACAAAUAGACAUCCCAUUAGAUCUGAAGUGAAAUCUUCCUUUACCCGAAUUUAAAGCUUGAACUUUGAGCAAUUGGGGCGGAAGAGAACUGUUACUUAUAAAGUAAGUCGUUUCUUAGAUGUGGGAUUCCGAGUCAUUGUUCUAUUUUAAAUUGCCUUUUCAAAUUUCUAUUCAUUUCACACCAGCAUUUAGUGCUGAUUUUCAAAAUUGCGUUCGAACCCAUGGCCUUGGACAGUUCGCUUAUGCUAGCUGUUUCCCCCCGCAUGUUGUCAUUUAAAAAUGCUUUGCUUUUCUUCAAUGAGAGCUUUCUUUUCAUGUCUCCUUUAUUUCAAAUUUUCAGGCCAGAGACAAGCGAAGCGGCACAGAACGAGUUAUACGAACAAGCAGCUUCUAGAAUUGGAGAAAGAGUUUCACUUCAACAAGUAUCUGUGCAGUUCUAGAAGGAGCGAGAUUGCAAAGACCCUUAGUCUGUCUGAACGACAAGUCAAGAUCUGGUUUCAAAACCGUCGAAUGAAAUGGAAAAAAGAUGAAAAAGUUAAUGAAGGCCCCGAGAAAACUAGUCCGCGAUUUAUGGACACCCAAGAAACACAGCGACACAUAAUGUCUUGUUCCCCUCUCUGCCAUUCACCGCCCGUUCGUCAAGCGUGUCAAGCUGAAAACUUUCACUGA